UGCUCACUGUCCUCAGUCAAAUCACUUCAUCUCAAGACCAUAAAGAAACUCCGCAAGUGAAAGUACUAAUUUUCACUCACCUGGACGGACAUAUAUCAUGGAUUUGAUCUAAAUUAUUUUGUAAGAUAACAGGAGCUGAGAGCAACAGCAGACAGGAUGAGUUGGGCAGCAAUUUAUGCCCAGCUGGGAGGGGUAAAUAAACACUCCACCAGCUUGGGAAAGAUCUGGCUGUCUGUUAUCUUCAUCUUUCGCAUUAGCAUCCUUGUAAUAGCCGCUGAAAAGGUCUGGGGGGACGAGCAGUCCAGCUUCACCUGUAACACACAACAGCCAGGCUGCAAAAAUGUCUGCUACGACCACUUCUUUCCAGUCUCACACAUCCGUUUCUGGUGCCUGCAGCUCAUCUUUGUGUCUACACCGGCUUUGCUGGUGGCUAUGCAUGUGGCAUAUAACAAACGCAAUGUAAAGAAAGGACUUUUGGCCAAACGAGGUGGCAAAGUAAAAGGGGAUGACCUGGAGAGCUUGAAGAAGAGGCGUCUAUCCAUCACUGGGCCGCUGUGGUGGACCUACACCUCAAGCCUGUUCUUCCGGAUUCUUUUCGAGGCUGGAUUCAUGUAUGUUCUGUAUUAUGUCUACGAUGGGUUUCAGAUGCCUCGUCUGGUGAAGUGUGAGCAGUGGCCCUGUCCCAAUAAAGUUGACUGCUUUAUCUCACGACCAACAGAGAAGACAGUCUUCACCAUUUUCAUGGUGGGUUCUUCUGCCAUUUGCAUUGUGCUCAAUGUGGCUGAACUGGCCUACCUGAUUGUCAAAGCACUGUUGGGGUACUCAGCCAGACCCAAAAGAAAGCGUAAUUCUGUUCACCAAGACAAAAUGUCCACAGAAAAGGCACACUUACAGAAUGAAAAGAAUGCAAAGUUGGUGUCAUCUGCUUCAGACUCAUCAAGCAAUAAGAUUGUUUAAGGUUAUCCCUGCAUCCAGUGACUAAUUCUACCAACAUGGUAACAGGCUUGUUGAUAACAGUGUUUUAACUUUUUUUUAAUUUCAUUAGAGCAUUAGCAUGUGUUUUGUACCUUGUUUUUGACAACCUACCCUGAGAAUACAACAAAGCCACAAACCUGACAGCAGGUUUCAAGCAUACUUCAUUCCAAAACUGGCAUUCCUCCCCCAAGCCAAAAGACAAUUAGGGCAUUUGGCACAGUCUGAAAAAAAUGUUGGAGGUUGUUGAACUUCAUUUCUCACAUUCCUCAAGAACCUUUCACAAUACUCUCUACGGCACGCUUGCCAAAAACUGGCAUGCAGAGGGAUAAUCGCUGACAUGCAAACAAUAGGGAAAACUGCAUACUGGUGUACAUUUUGAGGUAAUAACUUCUCACACAGCCUGUUAGGAGCUAUAAAUACUAAUAAAGUGUGAGAAUUAACUUGUGCUAGUCUACGGACGUGCGCAACUGCUGCACAUACUAGACACUUCAGAUCAAAGCCUCAGCGGUCUAACAGUGCUCAUCAGUGUCAAAAUGACUGAGAUGGCCAAUCAAAUCAAAGUAGGUGGGGUUUACUUGUUGACAAGCAAAGCACGAAGCCUCAAUUCAACGUUUAAGAGAGCGAUUUUAGCAUCUGUGUCUCCCUCUACAAACAAUGAAGCUGAGUUUAGUUACUUAAAAAUAGCGUGUUAAAAAUAAAAAUAAAGAAAUAUAAUGUAGUGAUUCAGUAUUGAUUAAUAAAAGUCUUGUGCCAGCGCUGACAACAAGUUUAU